UUUCAAAACAUAUUUUAUAUCAUCGAAGUUUGCUAUUCUACCAAAUUUCGCCCCGUAACUUUUAUCUAAUUUCAAAUUUGCCACAACUCCUCCACCUCCAUCAUCUCGCGCUCUCUAUCCUUUCAGCUCCACAAAAAUGGGACUCACAGUCAUGGGCUCCAUAAGUCUCCUUCCAAAACAUGUCUUCUUCGAGAAACCCACACGGUACGACCCAAAUAAAGACGUCCCUUUCGCCGGACUCCGCGUAUUCGCCGCCGAAAGAAGCAAGCUUGCUGCAAAACGACCCAAUUCGACGCGCUCUCGCCGGAGAUCAGAGGACGUGGCCAUUUUGGUGGGAGCUGCCGGAAUCGCCCUAGUCUCUAUUGUGGGGCCCUCUCACGCCGCGCAGUACCCAAUUCUCAGCGAACCCUCGAAUGCUCUCUCUCUCCCCACAUGGGCAGUUCACGUCUCCAGCGUUGUUGAAUGGGCUACUGCAAUGGCGUUGGUGUGGCGGUAUGGGGAAAAGUCGGGUUAUGAAGCUUGGAAGGGUCUUUCUUGGGGAAUGGUUCCCCUGCUAGGUGGAGCACUUUGUGCCUGUACUUGGCAUUUCUUCUACAACUCGGAGUCUCUUGAGGUUUUGGUAGCUCUUCAAGCAGCUUUGACCGUAAUUGGAAAUGCUACAAUGUGCAUCGCUGCUUACCGUAUCUACACAUCAUCUCAAGAAAGUUCGAAAAACUCGUGAAAUUUGCGUUCUGUUCCGAACUGCCGGAAUCCCACAUUGCCUCUACGCCUCGAAGCUUCAAGUUCUUGAGCUCCAUAACUGUGUCGAAAUUUUCUUCCCGCCUGGCCCUUCUGCUGAUAUGAUCAAGUAAAACACACUUUUAGUACAUAAAUAACAAGCCAAGGUAAAAAAACGAGCGAACCAUGAGUAAAUUAUGAAUUUUUCGCGGGAAUAUGAGUAAAUUUAUGUAAUCGUACCUUGACAGACGAAGAACACGAACCCUAGUGCGCUUCGGUUUUCUGGGAAUGGAAUGAAGUAGUUGGCAUUGUGUCCACUCUGUGUUUGAACCUAGACACAUGUUUGAUAUAUGUAUCUUAAACUUUUGUUUUCUGCUUGUGUUAUAAAUGCUUUGUGUCUUUUUGAAUGAUGAAUGAGAAAAACUCUUGAGGAAAUUUUGUGGAAGAAAGGGGUAGGGAUAGAGAGAUUCUAUGCUAG